ACGGCGGAGGAGGGACUAACUUGAUGUGAUCCCACGUGGACCGAGCGCUCCUCGAAUUCAAGUCUGUCGAGCCAGUCAUCCUCGUCCGUCAGUUACAUUCCCUACUUGUAGCAAGGUCAGAUAUGGAAGGAAACGGCAGCCAAGACACGUCUACAAACCCGACCGAUCCGCAAUACGACCAGGGGAAAAUGUUUAUCGGUGGCCUCAGCUGGCAAACUUCACCUGACAGCCUUAAACAUUAUUUCAAUACAUUUGGUGAAAUAAGAGAAUGUAUGGUCAUGAGAGACCCAACAACUAAACGUUCCAGGUGCUUUGGCUUCGUCACUUUUUCAGAUUCUGCCAGCGUAGAUAAUGUCUUGGCACAGCCGCAUCAUGAGCUGGACUCUAAAAUGGUAAGUCCACCUCUUUCAUUUACGCUGCACGAUACAAUGCACCAUCAUUUUUCAUCGCUGAUUUGCAAACAUGCACUAAACAUGCAUCUAUGUAUCAGGGCCAUUCAAAAGAACUUGGAAAUAGUUACUUUUUCUUAA